CCUGUAUUCUUUACGUGUAUGGCUAUUAUGGUCGUACUGACACUUUGCACGUGUACCUUCGGUUAUUUUAUUUCGGCGAUUAACAAGACCAUGAUGGGGGCGUUGGCUAUGUUCACGCCUAUGGUUAUGCCAAUGAUGCUAUUUGGUGGCCUAUUCUUGAAUUCCGGUAAUAUGCCCGGGUGGUUGUCGUGGAUCCAGUACCUAUCGUUCAUACACUACGGAUACGAGUCACUGGUGGUGAACCAGUGGAAAGACAUCGAUUACAUCCCGUGCCUAAACAACAGCGAGUCCAGUGGUCAGUGUUAUGCCAAUGGACUGGCGGUUAUCGAGGAUAACGGGUUCAAAGAGUCAGCCCUACUCUACGAUCCGAUCAUUAUGUUAGUCAUGACUGCGGUCUUCCUAUUCAUGACUUAUAUCGGUUUAGUCAUCAAAACCAAACAAAAGUGA